UCACCCCCACCACCUCCCCUCACCACCAACACCACCCCUCUCUCGGCAGAGCCCAGAGCCUCACCAUCUCCUGCCACGGAUAGGCAGCGGUCACGGAGACACGGAGCUAGACAAGAGGAAACCUACUGAGGAGGGGGAGACGUGCACAGAGCCAUUUUCUUGGAGGAGCCAGUGUGCCGUUGAUGGGAAGAGGAUGCAUUGUGGGCUGCUGGAGGAGCCUGAUAUGGAUUCCACAGAGAGCUGGAUUGAAAGAUGUCUCAACGAGAACGAGAGCAAGCGGUAUUCCAGUCACACGUCCCUGGGGAAUACGUCCAAUGACGAAAAUGAGGAGAAAGAAAACAACAGGGCAUCUAAACCACAUUCAACACCAGCUACCCUACAAUGGCUGGAGGAGAACUAUGAGAUUGCAGAAGGGGUUUGUAUCCCCCGCAGUGCUCUCUACAUGCACUACCUGGACUUCUGUGAGAAGCACGACACACAGCCUGUCAACGCCGCCAGCUUUGGGAAGAUUAUUAGACAACAGUUUCCACAACUAACCACAAGAAGACUGGGGACUAGGGGACAGUCAAAGUACCACUACUAUGGCAUCGCUGUGAAGGAGAGUUCCCAGUACUACGAUGUGAUGUACUCCAAGAAGGGGGCGGCGUGGGUGAAUGAGACGGGCAAGAAGGAGGUCACCAAGCAAACAGUGGCGUAUUCACCACGCUCCAAACUGGGGACGCUCCUGCCAGACUUUCCAAAUGUCAAAGACCUAAAUCUGCCCGCCAGUCUGUCAGAAGAGAAGGUGUCAACGUUCAUCAUGAUGUACAGAACUCACUGCCAGAGGAUACUGGAUACAGUAAUACGCGCAAACUUUGACGAGGUCCAGAGCUUCCUGCUGCACUUUUGGCAGGGCAUGCCCCCGCACAUGCUCCCUGUCCUGGGCUCCUCCACUGUGGUCAACAUCGUGGGCGUCUGUGACUCCAUUCUUUACAAGGCCAUCUCUGGGGUUCUCAUGCCCACAGUCCUUCAAGCACUGCCUGAUAGUUUGACCCAGGUGAUCCGGAAGUUUGCCAAACAGCUGGAUGAGUGGCUUAAAGUAGCACUUCACGACCUGCCUGAAAACCUGAGGAAUAUCAAGUUCGAAUUAUCUAGAAGAUUUUCUCAGGUUCUCAAGCGGCAGACAUCUUUGAACCAUCUAUGUCAGGCGUCGCGGACGGUGAUCCACAGUGCAGACAUCACCUUUCAGAUGAUGGAGGACUGGAGGAACGUGGACCUGAACAGCAUCACCAAGCAGACACUUUACACCAUGGAGGACACACGGGAGGAGCAACGGCGGCUCAUCAUCCACUUGUACCAGGAGUUUGACCGUCUGUUGGAGGAGCAGUCUCCUAUAGAGGCAUAUAUAGAGUGGCUGGACUCCAUGGUGGACCGCUGUGUUGUCAAGGUGGCAGGGAAGAGGCCUGGGUGCCUGAAGAAGGUGGCCCAGCAGUUCCUGCUCAUGUGGUCGUGCUUCGGGACACGAGUCAUCCGGGAUAUGACCCUCCACAGUGCGCCUAGCUUCGGCUCGUUCCACCUGAUCCACCUGAUGUUUGAUGACUAUGUGCUGUACCUGCUGGAGUCCCUGCACUGCCAGGAGAGGGCCAAUGAGCUCAUGAGGUCCAUGAAGGCAGAGGGCAACACAGCUGAGCAAGAGGAAGAGAUGAUGCUGACGGAGACCACGCCCACAUCCACGUCCCCAGGGCCCUUCUCCCCGGCCAAGUCUGUCACCUCAGUGGGGGUCCCAGCCGCCAGCUCCCCCGCUGCUGCCCAGUCCCCAGAGUACACAGGGGCCACAGCCACCACAGGAGCUGUUCAGUCAUAUACCUGGUCCCUUACGUACACAGUGACAACGUCAGGCGGCACCCCUUCUGAGGGCGGACAGCAGCAGCCUUGCAUGCGCAGUGGUGCCCCAGUGCCCCCUCCCUCCUCCGCCCAUCGACUGCCAGUCUACGCACACAGGGAUGAGCACGGGUUCACUGGGAGCUAUAACUACGGAAGCUACUCCAACCAGCACCCCCACUCCAUCCAGAGCCAGUACCCCAGUCUGGCCCAUGAACCGGGCAUUCCUGCCCCCCUCCAUUAUCCCGCCUACCACCGCACUUCUGCACAGUACCCACUCAACAGCCAGAUGUCACGGAUGGAGCCCUGCUUGAUGGGAGGUACUCCUCGGCUGCACCCUACGCCUGUGACCCCCCGGUGGGCUGAUGUCUCACCGGCCAACAGCUGUUACACCAGUCCCCCUAUACACUCCUCCCGCUACGCCGCCUCUGGAGAUAUGUACUCCCCCCUGGCCCCUCGCAGGAACUCUGAGUAUGAACACUCUCAACACUUUCCCGGUUUCGCCUACAUCAACGGAGAGGCCACUACAGGCUGGGCCAAGUAGGCUUUCAAUUCAGCCCUCAGAGAGAGGAGCUCCCCUGGGCACAGUCAUGCCCAUGCAGCCUGCCUGCCAAGCCUAUGGAUGCAAACGUCCCACUGCCUUUCUCCAACACGACCCAGAGGCACCUAAUCAGGAGUAUAAGUGUAAUGGUAGGGGAGAGAGGCUGCAGAGUAGCAACACUGGGUUACCUGAGCCACAGGCCACAGCACAGAGAACCAAGCUAAGAUUCAGGACUUCUUCUCACAUUACACAAUCAGAAUAUUGUGGCGUAGGCCUAGUCUGUUCAGGGCAGCAAUCAUCUCAAUGGUGGAGCUGUUUGCAGAAGAUGGCAGUGCAAACGGAGGCAGUCGGAAUAAUCUCACAUAUGGAAGUGUGCAGUGUGGACUACACAGCUGUGCCUGUGCAAUCGAUGAACCCCCAUCCCUGCAGUCGACCUACAGAUGUAGGAUCUUAGUUUUAUCACCCUGUUGCUGCAGGAGAUAUCCUGCACAGUAGUAAAUGCAAAUGUGUAGUGUAUUAAAAGGUUUUAAAAGGCUUCUAGAAUUUGUAAUUUCCACUUCAAAAUGAUUUGCCUUAACAAAAAAAUGUAUCCAACCUUACAGAAAUGCUGCAGAAUUAUUUUCCUGCAGUGAGAAACUGGUCAAAUUAAGAUCCUACAUCUGUACCAAGUCAAAAAACACUCAUCACCCCUCCCUCCCUGUACUCAGCCACUAAUGUACGCAACCAAUGUAACUCUGUUAACGUUGUCCACUGUGGCUGACAUCAGUACAGUCUCUUAACGACGUACGCUGUUUUCACUUGGUCAGCACCACCUCAUUGCCUGUGUGGGCUCAGAGCAGGCCUCUCAGACGCUGUUCAGAAGACAAGCUUCAGCCUGCUGCAGAACCAGGGUCGUAUUCAUUACGGCACAACAGAGCAAUACAUUUUGCAACGGAAAAUUAAUAUAGUGUUUCUUAUUGGGUUCAGGUUGUCAUUCCCUAUUUCAGUCUGUUUUCUUCAGUUUGGUGGCUAAUGAAUACAACCCAGGAUGGAUUGCCUUAUUGUUUCCCCGCUGGAGUGCUGUGCCUCAGCCAGAUUAUUUGUGUGCUUUGUCACAAGCUCUGUUGCUGUAUUUGUGAGAGGAGGAGGAGAUACUAUAGAUGUAUUUUCUGUAACUUUGUAACAUGUUGUUCUUUUUUUGUUUGGUUUUCUGUGUUACGGUUGGUAUUUUGUUCAUUUCUGUAUGGAUAGUGAAGGAAACAUUAACCUAGGUUUGUGUGUUUCAUAAUGCACUCAAAGCUACUGUGGACCUAUUACCCUAUGGGUAGGAAUAAAAAGGAACAAAUAUCAAAGUGUAACAUAUAUGAACUCUAGUCACUUUUUUUCUGUAAAUAAAAGCACUCGACAACUUCUGUGGUGACAACUGUUCCAGUUUAAACUGAUAUGUAUGUGGAAUUAUUUGCUGCCACAUAAAUAAUUUUGAAAACCCCAAUCAAAAUGUGGACCGUGUUCUUAUUUCU